CUCUUUGCCCUCUUCUUUGGUUUUUUCUAUAUAUCGUUCAUUUAUAGGAUCUACAAACCUGAAGAGUUGCUCAGUUUGGAUAGAGCAAACUAUAGUCAAGGAGGAGAAGGGAGAAAGGAAGCACUAAGCAGGAAUGGAUGUUAGUCAGAUGCAGGGACAGUUGAUUGAUUACACAGCAUCCUUGUUUCGUGAGGGAUUUCUGGAUGAUCAAUUCACUCAACUUCAGCAACUGCAAGACGAAAGCAACCCGGAUUUCGUCUUCGAAGUUGUCUCUCUCUUCUUUGAAGAUUCUGAGAGGCUUCUCAACGAUCUGGGCAGAGCUCUUACUCAGCAGAUUGUAGAUUUCAAGAAGGUGGAUGCCCAUGUUCACCAGCUGAAGGGUAGCAGCUCCAGCAUAGGUGCACAGAGGGUUAAAAAUGCUUGCGUUGCAUUUCGCAACUUUUGUGAGGAACAGAACACUGAAGGGUGUCUCAGAUGUUUGCAACAAGUGAAACAGGAGUACUUCCUUGUGAAGAACAAGCUUGAAUCUCUAUUCAGGCUGGAGCAACAGAUUCUGGCAGCUGGUGGGUCAAUCCCAAUGGUAGAAUAAGUAUUAGUGGUAAGGUUAAUGGGUGUCCACUUUUAAGGGGAGAACAAGAGAGUGAAAGAAAAAAGAAUGAGCGGAGAGUGGUUGUGUAGAGAAGCUUUUUUGAGCUCUUGUUUUGUUGUUGACAAUGUAAGCUACUUUCCUAGUUCAUUUAUCAAAGGUUCUCUUAAAGUAUCAAGCUUUUGAGCUUCCAUGAUGAGAAAUGUGGGAGAAUGAGUGAUCAUUUUACCAAUCUCUUCUAAGAAAAGAUGAACCCAUCACUCUCAUUUUCAGUUUAAAAGUUUAAUAGAACUUGCUCUACCAUUCAAUAGUUUGAUGUAACAUUUUGCCCAAAUGAAUGGAAUGUCUAUUAUCUGUGUUCUC